AUGUUGAGAUCUACUGUUACCAAAACGCCAUUAAGAAUAUGUCGUUCCUUCCACAGAGAAUCUGUUCCUUACGAUAAGACAAUCAAAAAUCUGUUGCUUCCCAAGGAAACUAAGGUGAUCUUUCAGGGAUUUACAGGCAAGCAAGGUACGUUCCAUGCCAGUAUCUCUCAAGAGUACGGUACCAACGUCGUUGGUGGUACAAACCCAAAGAAGGCGGGCCAGACGCAUUUGGGCCAGCCUGUUUUUGCUUCUGUGAAAGAUGCCAUUAAGGAAACUGGCGCAACUGCGAGCGCCAUUUUUGUCCCUCCGCCAAUUGCUGCUGCUGCUAUCAAGGAAGCUAUUGAAGCUGAAAUUCCCUUGGCUGUCUGUAUCACUGAAGGUAUUCCCCAGCAUGACAUGUUAUAUGUUGCAGAAAUGCUGCAAUCGCAAAACAAAACAAGACUGGUCGGACCCAACUGCCCCGGUAUCAUUAACCCGGAGACAAAGGUCAGAAUCGGUAUUCAGCCUCCAAAAAUUUUCCUACCUGGUAAGAUCGGUAUUAUUUCUAGAUCCGGAACUUUGACAUAUGAGGCUGUCCAACAAACCACAAAAACUAACCUUGGCCAAUCUCUAGUCAUCGGUAUGGGUGGUGAUGCAUUCCCUGGUACUGAUUUCAUCGAUGCUUUGAAGUUAUUCAUGGAAGAUGAAACUACAGAAGGUAUCAUCAUGCUGGGUGAAAUUGGUGGUAAAGCGGAGAUAGAAGCCGCUCAAUUCCUGAAAGAGUACAACUUCAGCAAGAGUAAGCCAAUGCCCGUGGCAUCUUUCAUUGCCGGAGCUGUUGCUGGUCAAAUGAAAGGUGUUAGAAUGGGUCAUUCUGGUGCCAUUGUGGAAGGGUCCGGUACUGAUGCAGAAUCCAAGAAGCAAGCUCUAAGAGACGUUGGAGUUGCUGUUGUCGAAUCUCCAGGUUACUUAGGACAAGCUUUGCUAGACCAGUUUGCCAAAUUCAAAUGA